AUGUCGUCCAUGUCAUCGGCAUCACCAACUUCGUCGACGUUGCCAACAACGAAGCCGUCCCCGAAAGAGCUCGAGGCGCGCAUAGCGGCAAUUCCCAUCGAGCGGUAUAGAAACUUCUGCAUCGUCGCUCACAUUGACCACGGCAAGAGCACGCUGAGCGACCGACUGCUCGAACACACGGGCACCAUCUCGGCGAGCGACGGCAACAAGCAGAUCCUCGAUAAGCUCGACGUCGAGCGCGAGCGCGGCAUCACCGUCAAGGCCCAGACGUGCACCAUGCUCUACAAGCACAAGGGUGAUGACUACCUGCUGCACCUCGUCGACACGCCGGGCCACGUCGACUUCCGGGCCGAGGUGACUCGCUCCUACGCAAGCUGCGGCGGCGCUCUGCUUCUCAUCGAUGCGAGCCAGGGAGUCCAGGCGCAGACGGUGUCCAACUUCCACCUCGCCUUCGCUCAGGACUUGGCGCUCGUACCCGUCAUCAACAAGAUAGACAUGCCGUCGGCCGACGUGCCUCGGGUGCUGGAGCAGAUGCAGACCAGCUUCGAGCUCGAUCCUGCGGACGCGGUGCUGGUGAGCGCCAAGACGGGCAAGGGGGUCCCUGCAGUGCUGCCGGCCGUGGUGGAAAAGAUACCACCCCCGUUGGGGGACGAGAAUGCGCCGCUCAAGUUCCUCCUCGUGGAUUCGUGGUACGACAACUUCAAGGGUGUCGUCCUGCUGGUCCGCGUCUUUGACGGCACGAUUCGCGCCGGCGACAACGUCGUCUCGCUCGGCACCAAAACCCGCUACACGGUCGGCCAGGUGGGCAUCCAGUACCCCGACGCGACGCCGCAGACGGUGCUGCGCGCCGGCCAGGUCGGGUACGUCUACUUCAACCCAGGCAUGAAGCGGAUUCAGGAUGCGAAGCUGGGCGACACCUUCACGACGGUGGGCAAGGAAGACGUUGUCGAGCCGUGCGUGGCAUUCGAGGAGCCGAAGCCCAUGGUCUUCGUCGCCGCCUUCCCCACGGACCAGGGUGACUUCCACCGGCUCGCCGACAGCAUCAACCAGCUCGUGCUCAACGACCGUAGCGUGACGCUGCAAAAGGACUUUUCCGAAGCCCUGGGUUCGGGCUGGCGGCUCGGCUUCCUCGGGAGCCUCCACUGCUCCGUCUUCCAGGAUCGUCUGAGACAGGAGCACGGCCGCAGCAUCAUCAUCACGGAACCGACGGUGCCGACGAAGAUCGUCUGGGCCGACGGCAAGGACGAGGUUGUGCAGAACCCGGCGCUGUUCCCCGACUCGACGGACCACCGCAUCCGGAGCGCGCAACUGUACGAGCCAUACGUCAAAGCCACCGUUACCCUGCCGCAAGAGUACCUCGGCCGCGUGAUUGAGCUCUGCGAGGCCAACCGCGGAGAGCAAAAGAGCCUCGAGUUCUUUCACUCGGGACAGGUCAUUCUCGUGUACGACGUGCCGGCCGCCCAGCUCGUGGAAGAUUUAUUUGGCAAGCUGAAGGGUGCCACCAAGGGCUACGCGACGCUGGAUUACGAAGAUGCCGGCUGGCGAGAGAGCAAGCUUGUCAAGAUUCAGCUGCUCGUCAACAAGCAACCCGUCGACGCCAUCUGCCGCGUCGUCCACGCGUCCCAGUCGGACCGCAUCGGGAGACGGUGGGUCUCCAAGUUCAAGGAGCACGUCGACCGACAGAUGUUUGAGGUUGUGAUCCAAGCCGUCGUCGGCAACAAGAUUGUCGCACGCGAGACGAUCAAGCCGUUCCGCAAGGACGUGCUGGCCAAGCUGCACGCGAGCGACAUCACGCGGCGGCGGAAGCUGCUCGAGAAGCAAAAGGAGGGGCGCAAGCGGCUACGGGCGGUGGGAAACGUCAUCAUUGACCAGUCCGCCUUUCAGAGCUUCCUGUCCAAGUAG